CGCUGCAGGGGCUGCUGGAGAUGGCGGUGGUGGCCGGCGAGGCGCGGCCCGAGCCCCGGGAGCCCAUAAGCGAGGAGAGGCAGCGCUGGCUCCACGCCGCCGUCACCGAGGCUUUGGGCAGCACCGGAACCGCCCGGGCCCAGCUGCGGCGCUGCCUGCGGGCCCUGGGCCGGCCGGAACCGGAACCGGAACCGGGGAAACCGGGACACCCGGAACAGCCGGAACUGGAACACACGGAACCGGAACCGGGACACACCAGACCGGGACACCCGGAACAGCCGGAACUGGAACAGCCGGAGCUGGACCCGGAGCUGGCCCAGCAGGCGCUGGCCGAGCUGGCCGAGCUCUGCGAGAGCCUGGACAACGCCAUCGGCCUGGUGCGGGCGCAGCCGCAGGGGCUGCAGCAGCUGGAGGCUCUGGGGGGUCUGGGGGUGCUGGGGGAGCUUUUGGGGAGCCCCCAGCCCCCCCUGAGGGCUCGGGCGGCGUUCCUGCUGCACUGCCUGCUCAGAGAGCACCCCCGGCUGACGGAGCCGCUGCUCUCUCAGGGUUCGGUGCCGCGGGCGGCGGCGCUGCUGCGAUCCCGACACGACGGCGCCCACGAGCACGGCCUGGGGACCCUGUGGGCUUUGGCGUCGGGGAGCCCCGAGGGGCUGCGGCAGUGCCGGGACCCCGCGCUGGGGCUGGAGCCGCUGCUCCGGGAGCGCCGCCGGAUCCUGCGGGGCCUCGAGCAGUUCCAGGAGGAGCUGGAAUUCUGCGAGCGGCUCCUGCAGCUCUGCUUCCCCGAGGAAUCCGCCAUGGACCGGUGACCCCAAAACCGCCCCAAAUCGCCCCAAAAAUCCCGCCCGGGAUCCCGGGACCCCCCGGCCCGGGGGGAACGAACGCUCCGGGCCCGGCCCUGCCUGAGGUUUCGGGCGGGAUCGGUGACGUCAUUGAGGAAAAAAAGGGGAAAAAUAAAAAAAAAAAACCCCAAAAUUGCCCAAAUUCAGCGCCGGGCGCGAGGGGCGGGGUUAUGCUAAUAAAGAGGCG